CGGUGAUGUAACGUAACCGCUCCUCGACCGAGAGAGAGACGUAAACGGUGUGUGUGUCGCGCGCGCGAAAUAAAAUCCAAAUCGUAUUAUUCACUUGAUGUUAUUUUUCUACUUUGUGGAAACAACAGUAUUUCGUGUCAAAAAGGAGAAAUUGUGAAAAAUUCAGUUGUGAAUUAGUGUCUUUUUUUUAAAUUACAGAAUAUUCUCGCAAUUGAAUAAAUAAAUACGAAAUGUAAUUGGGUUUCGGUAAAUAAUCCAGUAAAAGCGAUUUCAAAAUUCUAGUUCAUGGUGUUUUCGAUUAAGCACUUGAGAUAGAGAGCAAAAAAGCCCAGAGAGUGAUCGGAUGGGCGAUUUAAAGUCGGAAUGAAUGAAUAGAGAGUAAAAAGAGAAAAAAAAACUCAUAGACCGCAUUGACUGAGUCUAUUUUUUGCUGUUGUUUCUUGUCCUGGCCUAGGAAUUUACGGCUGAAAUAAAUUUUCUGUUACAUUCAACUGCACCACGUUCACCAUUCGCCUAUUGGAGGUGAAGUAAAAACAUCAACCUCAAGUGAAAUGAAAUGAACAAAAAAAAAAAACAAGUACAGCGAAACAGAGAAGAGCGGCCACAUUGUGAACGGUCAGUGAAUAGAGAGAUUACGAUUAUUUCAUGCCUAUGAAUUUGAAUCGCGCAUAAUAUAAGAAAUCAUACAUUGCUCGCAUGCGAUUCGCAUUCGUUCGAUAAAACAGAGAAAAGCAUAUCAAUUUUUGCUUGAGGUACAAUACAAAAAUUUACGUGCCAAAGUAAUGAAUGAAGCUUGAAUUUACACAGCCUACGUAUAUCAGUAUUGCGUUCUUACUCUAUCGUUUGCAAACAGGUGCAAUCCAUGCAUGAGAAUCCCAUAGGAUUAAAUUGGUUGUAGUUAAGAGUCCAUUUAUCGACAAAAUCACGGACCAAAAUCCCUUGUUCACGUUGUCUACCCGCGAUUAUUGUUUAUCUAGUAAAAAUCCAGCAUCGAUAAAUCGUAUCGCUACCGAGAAUACAAUAUCCCAAAAGUAGUGUUUUAUUCAGGCCAAAACAAAUAGUGGUUUACUCCGUGAUUAGUAUUAAGAAAAUCACAUUUACUUCAACGUGCACCCCCCCGUCACAUUAAUGAAACGCAAAUAAUUAUUAUUCUUAAUGCUGCCCACUUAAUACUGGUUGAAGCGGAAACAUUUGCGAGCGAAAAAAAAGAAUAAGCGUCCAAUUUAUGCUGAAAACAAUUACGAUAGCGAAAAAACACGGUACAUUUUGUGUGUGUGUGUAUGCGAUUGAGAAUGAAAUCUCGUUGAAAAAAAAUAAUAAUGUAGAUUUGUGGUGUGAUUAACUUAAUCACGAUCCGACAAACAAGUGGCUGUUUUCUGCAAAUACGAUUCAAUGAAAUAAAUGCCAGGAUUUCAUUUUGUUCCUAGUAAACUGUGGUGCUUAAGAUUUACUGUUCAUUGCGUGCUUGAACCAAAACCAAAGUAACAAAAACGAAAUACACCGCCCCAUAAAAAAAACACAAAAACAGAAAGAGACAAAGAAAAAAGCUGGCUCGGAAAAGUUGGCAUGAGUGACGUGUUGAUUUUGUGAUUUUUACAAAAAAAGAGAUUUCAAUAAAAAGAUAAAAUCGGAUUUGCACGAAUUUCCAAUGUUGCUAUUCACAUUGAGCAUCAUUUGAGGAAAAAAAGAGAAAAAACAGUGAAUACAAAAAGAGAGAGUGUGAGAGAGCGUCUGUGUCUACGUUCCUCUAUAUUUUUGAGAUUUCAAACGAAAAACAGCAACUAAAUAAAAAAGGACAAAGAAAAAUUUAACCAUUUGUAAUUAAUUGAUGGACUUUACGAUUAUCGAAAAAAAGAUUAUUGAUUUUCUUUUUCAUGUGCUUGUGUGAAAUCCAGUUCAUAUAUAUGUGUGUGCAUCAGUCGAUGCUUGCCUGAACUCGACUGCCGAUAAUUUUAAUUGCUCUUCAGUGUUCAAAACAGUGUACGUUCCAAUUUAAAUCGAUUGUUUCACUAUAGUUGUACACUUUUUUUCCUCUCACUUCCAUUUGGCGACGUAAUCGCAUUCAAAUUGAGAAACAACAACAGCACUGCAGUCACAUUGAUCAGCAUUUUAUGCACGAGAGAAAGUUAUAAUGAAAUCGAACUAAAUUACGUCAAUCGUGAAAAAGGGAACCGGAGCAAUUACGCGACAGACAAAUAAAAUAAAGAGGGGAUUUUUCUCUCUCUCUCUCAUUUUUUUGUUGCCGCCAUUGCUCUCGUUUCUAUUUGCUUGAAUAAUUGAACAUUGAAAACGUGCAUCGAUGCGCAUCAUCUAGAGACAGUCAUCAGUAUGCAUUGAACAGCAAUUUCCAAGCAGCAAUAGCAGUAGCAUCAGUAAAAACAAUCAUCAGAUAGAUUGAACACACAUGCGUUGAACGAUGGAAUUGCACAGCGAUCAAUUGUAGGCAGUGUAGCAUUAGCAUGAAAUGUUCGAUGGCACAAAAAACGAUAUUCGAUUGUCAAUUGCAAAAAUUGAAAAUGUAUGGCCACCAACUCUAUCAGUUCGAAGGUUUUUAAUUAAUUUAGACAAAAAAUCGUGUUCGAUUUAUUGAAAAACUCAUAAAAACGGUGAAAUAAAAAAAAACAAUGACAACACGGAUUCGAAUGAAAAAUUGGAAAAGUGACAAAAUUUGAUACAUUGAAACGCAGAAAGUCAUAUGCGUGUAAACAGCAACUCAAUAGAAAAGUUACGAACAAAUAUCCCGGAACAAUAAAUGUCGAUGGCAAAUAAAUUGGUGUUACAAAGUUGCCAAGAGAAGAAAAACUAACCAUACACAUACGAACAAGCAGUGCGAAUAAAGUGCACGAACGUGCAUGUAUCACAUACUGGUAUAGCUUGAGUCAAUGCGCGGUAAACCAUUUUUGUCGAACUCAUAGUGGUCGAUAACAGUGAACAGAAUAUUAUACCAAAUGUUGUUACAAUCCGGCGAAUACAAAAACUUCUUAUUCAGCAGAAAAAAAGAUUCGAUAAACACAGCGCAAACAAUAUAAAAUAAAUUGAAAACUCUGAAAAUUAACGAGAGAAGAAGCAAAGAGGAAAAAAAAACACGUUACGCGAAUAAAUAAUAAAAAAAAAUAAUAAAAGGGUUACCAAGGGAAAAAUCGAAUAAAAAUCAAUUGAGGCGAGUGCGUGUUUUUGUGCAACAGCAACGAUAUAUAGUGUCACAAUUUGUCGAUGUGGUUGUAGAAAAAAGAAGAGAUACAUUCAUUAUGAUGAGGCUAAUAUUUCUUCUGUUGAUUUCAACGGAAUUCAGCAGAGGCAGCAGCAGCAACACCAACAUAAACAAUGUUAUUAAUAACAAUAAUGGUGACAGUGGUAGCACAUCAAAUGCAGCUGCUAAUGGCAACAAUAACAACAACAACAAUAAUAAAAUUACCAAUUUAGGUGGCAUCGGUGCAGAUACAGUACAAUUAUCGUCACGUGUCGUGCACACAAAAUAUGGUUCGGUGUCAGGCGUAAUUGUACACUUGGAAGGACGACAUUUGGAUCCGGUUGAAGCAUUCAAAGGCAUUCCGUAUGCAUCGCCGCCGACUGGAUCUUUGCGUUUCAUGCCACCAGUCACAGGUGCGCUCUGGUCUGGUGUUCGAAAAGCUGAUCGAUUCGGUCCCGUGUGCCCGCAGCGAUUGCCAAACAUUGCAAACGAAACGGCUGCUCUGGAAAAAAUGCCAAAAGGUCGCUUGGAAUAUUUACGUCGGCUUUUGCCAUACCUGCAAAAUCAAGCCGAAGAUUGUUUGAACUUGAACAUCUAUGUUCCGAUUCAAGUUGGUUCCAGAGAUAGCAGCAGCAGUGGAAACAGCGGCAGCAGCACAAAUCCAACCAAAUAUCCAGUGAUGGUUUUUGUACAUGGCGAAUCAUACGAAUGGAAUAGCGGCAAUCCAUACGACGGUUCAGUUCUAGCUUCCUACGGACAAAUAUUAGUUGUUACUAUUAAUUAUCGCUUAGGAAUAUUAGGUUUCUUGAAUGCGAAUACUGAUCGCAAUGCCAGAGCUCCAGCAAAUUAUGGUUUGAUGGACAUCAUUGCCGCUUUACAUUGGCUACAAGAGAAUAUUGGCGCCUUUGGCGGUGAUCCACAAAGUGUAACACUGGCAGGACAUGGUACGGGCGCUUCAUUGGUACAUUAUUUAAGCACUUCAAAUGCAGUGCCAGAAGGAUUAUUAUUUCAUCGUGCAAUGCUACUAUCGGGAUCUGGCCUAGCGCCAUGGUCGAUGGUAAGCGAUCCGGCUAAGUAUGCUGCCAUUAUUUCACAUCAUGUUAACUGUUCGCCGGAACUAGCCUACUCGCAACUGAUGAAAUGCUUGCGUGAUAAGCCGCUCGAUGAAUUACUAUCAACGCCAAUACAUCAGCCCGAUUUUGGUAAUGCAUUUGGCCCGAGUGUCGAUGGUGUUGUUAUCGACACUGAUGACAUGGGCCAAAUGGAAUCAAUUCGCUAUGAUCACAAUGCACGACAAUCACAACAACGAGGUGGAAAUCAACAACAACACAAAUCAAUCAAUACACUUAACAUGAUUAAUUCGGUUUUGCUUCGAAAAACCGCCCUCAGCAAAUUGUCAAGGUACGAUAUGCUGGUUGGUGUUACACGUGCCGAAGCAUAUUUUGCAUUUAAUUCGGAAGAUGUGCAGUACGGCAUCGAAGCUGAUCGACGUGCAAAAAUUCUACGAACAUACGUUCGAAACACGUACAGUUACCAUUUGAACGAAAUAUUAGCAACGAUUGUUAACGAAUAUACCGAUUGGGAGAGACCCAUACAGCAUCCAAUUAAUAUCAGAGACGAAACACUGGAAGCUUUAAGUGACGCACAAUAUGUGGCACCGGCAGCAAAAACGGUCGAUUUACAUUCAGCCAAUCAUCGAAAUUCAUUCCUUUAUGUCUUUGACUAUCAAACGAAAUUCGGUGAUUUUCCACAGCGCCAGGGCUGCAUUCAUGCUGAAGACUUGCCCUAUGUAUUUGGAGCCCCUCUUAUUGGAGGAUUCAAUCAUUUUGCUAGAAACUACACCAAAUCGGAAGUAUCAUUAUCGGAAUCGGUCAUGCUGUAUUGGUCGAAUUUCAUUCGAACUGGAAAUCCAAAUGAACCACCAGAACCUGAGCAUGGAGGUCGACAAGAAAAAAGUCGCUUUAAAAAUAUCGAAUGGACACCAUACGAGACGGUGCACAAAAAAUACUUGAAUUUAGAUACGAAACCAAAAUUAAAAACUCAUUAUCGUGCGCAUCGUUUGUCGUUUUGGUUAAAUUUGGUGCCUGAUUUGCACAAUUCUGGUAAUGAUGAUGUUCCAUAUUCGCAUCAUCAAUUGGUGGACGAUGAUUCGGAUCGGCCACCUGUUGGUCCAACGGUGAAACCAUUAAAUCCACCGCAAGGCAAAGAUCCCGGCCGAAAUUCAAACUACUCAUUAUUUACCACCCAAAUGUUUUCGCUAUUGAAUCUUUCGUCACAAAAUAACAAAUCAAAUCAACGUGCCGGUUCAUCGUCGAAUGAAUUCGGUGACGAUCACGAAACAAAUGAACUACAUGGUGCCGGUAAUGGUAAUACAAAUGAUGAUGGUUUUGCCGCAUAUAGUACAGCAUUGAGUGUUACAAUUGCCAUUGGAUGCAGCCUCUUAAUAUUGAAUGUACUCAUUUUUGCUGGGGUCUACUAUCAAAGAGAUAAAACUCGAUUGAAUGAACCACGAAAUGGUAGCGGUUCAACUCAAAUGGGACACGGUACACUGAAUAGUGUGCUGAAGAAACGCAAUGAAAAUGGACAAAUGCCAAAUAAUAUUUGUGGUGAUUUGGAAACACUUACGAUCCAUUCAAAAAGUGACCCGGCCACAAUAUUAAGUCAUCAUCAUGCGUUACAACAUCAUCAAUUGCCACCGCCCGAAUUUGCUGACAUACCACAACGGGCUCCGCCACCGCCAAAGCAUGUCAAAACCAUGACAAUCAUGGACGGUGGCAUGAGCGUAGCGGCUGCGAAUCAAAUGCUUCCAGCACAUGCGUUACAGUUAAUCGGAGCCAAUUGUACGGGCACAUUGCAAAAGAAAAGCUGCGUAAAAAUUAGUAAUUCAGCUGCAAACAGCCAACAACAUCAACAGCAUCAACAACAACAACAACAUCAUCAACAGCAGCAGCAACAACAUCAACAGCAACAGUGUCAUAGUCAAAAUCAAAUGGAUGAAUUACGUGUGUGACGCUAGUUGAGCGUAUACGAAAACACCAACACCAUUGACACUGUAUACGAUGAAACUGUAUUUUGAAUUGUUGUUAGCUUUUUGCUAAAAAGAACAACUUGUUUCGUUUAGCAUCUGAUAUUGACAUUAAUUGAACGGAAGAGAAGAAGAAGAAAAACCAUGCUCUUACAAUUUAUUUGUCCGUUAAAUUAACGACGAUUUCCCAUUUUCCCAUUUUAUAUUACCAAAAAGACCCAGGAAUAUUUCGUUAAUUAUGUGCAUCUCGCAGUUGUUUGAAAGGUAACCCAUUUAAUCUAUCCAUUAAUGAAAAACAAAACAAAGUAGUCGGAAUUUUAAUUAUAUUGACGAAGGAGAACAAAAAAUGCUCAACAUGAAACAUUAUCAUCAAGUAUGCAAUAUAAAUGGUUCUUUUUUUGUUCUAGAAAUGAAUUCAAAUUGAUAGAUAAAACGAAUUUUGUAAAAAAAAAAAUACCACAUGAAUUUCAAUAACGUGUAGGAUAAAAAGAAAAAUACCAUUGCAUCUAGAUGUUCAUUAUUUCGUAUCCAACAUAACAUACAUAUUAUGUGGUAUGGAAAAGACCAUGAUGGUUUUUCUCCAUCAAAAAUAUAAAUAAGCACAAAAUACUCAAUGAUAUUCGAAACACAUUCGCACUCAUUCAGUCUUUGCUCGUCCGUUGAUGAUAGUGAAAAUAUAACAACCAAUCGACCAAACGCAAACACAAAAUAGUGAUUACUUAAAAAAAUAUCCUAUAAAUGUAUAUGAAAAGGUAAGCAUUUUCAUUAAUUUAAAAAAUUAAAUGUAAAUAUGAAUGGCUAUAUCACAAAAACACAAACAUACAUACAUACAUUCCACUAUAUCCGUAUAAAAAUGAAAUAGUGCUAUUUAAAUUGCCGAUGAAACGGAGCUGAGUUCCACACGUGUUUUUUUUUUGCUCGGAAACAUAAAACAUAAAGCGAAGAACGUUCAACGUUCACAUUACAUUUAAACGAAUGAAUGUUUGCACAUUUUUUACAUAUCGACGAUUCAACAGCUCUCAUACAAGUGGAAAAGAGACGAAUAAAAUCCAUUGAGAAUUUGACCGAAUGAAUGCUGAAUUUAAUGAGCGAAAAAUGCGCCAUUUUUCUUUCACAAUCUAUAUAAAUCUUCAUUACAUUUAACCAAAAGUGAUCUUAUAUUAUUUUUUUUUAAUUUAUAUUUUAUUUAUGUCGAUUUAAUUAUAUAUUUUCGCUGAAAUGUUCGAUUGUUUGCUCAUCAGUGCUGGUGGAGGCACUCGUUCAAAAUGCUGAGAAUUUUAAUUGAAUAUUUUUUUAUGGUAUCCAUACCGUUUCUCAAAAAAUUGUUUCGCUUUUUAUUUAGAGCGUUUUCGAUUUAUUUUUAUUUAAAAAAAGACAGCAGCAUACACAUGUAAUUAAUGAAGGAAAAAAGUCAGCAAACCGCCACAGGUGAUCAUGUCAUUUCACCCCGCAUGCAUUUCGCUCUAUAGUUAAAAUGCAAUGUGUAUAAUUAGCUUAUUGCUAUGUAUUUACAAAAAUGAGCCCUAGAGAUACGCACAUAUUUUUUCGGGAAUGAUUUUGAUCCUAUGAGCUCAAACAAUCCAAUAAAUUAUAUCAAUUAAUAAUAAAUCAAUGUAAUUUAAAUUCGCUCACUAAUUCCGAUUCUGCGGAGCUAACGUUGCAUAUUCAUUAUUGCAAACAGUGAAGAUGAGAAAAAAAUGCCCAACAUGUACACAAGUAAAAUGCUGGAGAAAAAAAGCACACGCAUUGCAGAAAAAAGCCAUUAUCCAUGCAUUUUCCACAAUUAAUGUGAACAUAAAAAGAGAAAAACAAUCAUCCAUCGAAUUCGUCGCGUUUUCCGGUGAAUUCAUGCAAAAAUAAUCGCCAUUUAUUUAUUAAAAAAACAUCUUUUUUUUCGCUCUAUCUCGCUCAAAAUUUCAUUUCAAUCAUGUUGGAUCGUCUGUAAUACACACAUAAAUGUGAGCAAUUUUGUCGUCAGCACCAUGAUGAUUGAAUCGCAUUGAAAGAAAGUUGAUACUGCGAUAAUAUUAAAAUGUUUAUAGAUUUAUUGUAGACUUAAUCCAAAAAAAACUCAUAAUUACAUACAAUUUAAUUUGUGUCAUCAUGUUUACACAAACGAUUGACCAUUUCAUUGAUAUGACAGAGGAAAGAAAAAAAUAAACAAACAAGACUGAAUUUAAAAAGCAUGACUCAAACGUUAAAAAAAACCAACGACGCGAAAACCUCUAAUGUUUUUCAUUCGAGUUCAUCUCAAUACGUGAGAGAGUGAAUCCAUUCAAAACGAUUGAAUAUUUUAUAUAUUCAUAUUUAAUAGAUAACUUAAUAUGAUCGCUAGUUAAUUGACGAACAAAUUAAUCACAAGCUAAAGAGCGUUCAUCAUUUUUCAUGGAUCUGGUCACGUACAUCGAUUCUGGUCGAUGCAAUGACUUCUGUUCAGUUUUCUACAGGAAAAUAACCUUUGUACAAAAUGUAAAUAUCAUCUUCUAUCUGAUUAAGUUAUUAAAAUUAAGUUAGAUAAAUUUUUCAAAACCAACAAAAAAACAACAACAACAGCGUGACAGAAACAACUAUUUAACAGUGUGACAGAAUGAUUUAAACAGAAAAAAACAAAAACAAAAUAUAAAAUCUGAGCAUAGAAAAAUUCAUUGAAAUCAUCUCUAUUUAAACUCGAUAUAUUUAUUGUAAUAGGAUCAUAGAUUAAAUUAUAAAAUGGUUAUUAUAAAAUUCAAUAUUGAAUUUAGACGUUUUAAUGGAAUUUGAUAACUAAAUAAAUGAAUCGUAAAAACAUUAUACAAACAAAAUUCAACAGCCCAAACCAUGAAUGACUAUUCAUUUUGCAUGGACAUUUUGUUCGGAGAUAUGGGAAGAAAAUGAAGUGAAAUUAAACCAUGCACUUUACAAUGAUGAUUCCAUGGUACGAAAAUUGAAUGAAAAAGCGAAUAUAUUUAAACAUUUCCAGCAAAAUACACACAUAAACACCUAUUUAAUUCAUUCAAUUUUAAACCAUUAGAUCUUAAACUAACAUUCAUAUUUAUCCAAAUAAAAAAGGAAGAAAAGAAAGAGAUAAAUACACUCGCAUUUGAAUAUUGCGAGCCAAUAAGCUGGUGAUUGAAAAAUAUGUGAGAAAAUAGUUAAAUAAGUAAAAAAAGGAAAAAUUAAAAAAAAGUAUAAUAUGUUUAACGAGUUUAAUCGAUUGACCUAUGAAAGCGAGAAAAGGAAGGAAAAAAUCAUUUAAAUUUAAGUAAAUUUAUCACUAUUUUAAUCGGACUCAUCGUUAUUAUAUUUAAUUAAGAAUGAACACAUUCAACGUACUACCGGACAGUAAACUAAAAUUUAGUGUAUACUUGAAAAAAAAACAACACACAAAAAGGAAAA